GGAGACAUGGCAGGCGUUAAAGCUCUGGUGGCUUUAUCCUUCAGUGGCGCCAUUGGAUUAACUUUCCUAAUGCUGGGAUGCGCCUUGGAGGACUAUGGUGUUUAUUGGCCCCUGUUCGUCCUGGUGUUCCACGCCAUCUCCCCCAUCCCGUAUUUCAUUGCCAAAAGAGCCACAUAUGACUCUGAUGCCACCAGCAGUGCCUGUCGGGAACUGGCCUAUUUUUUCACCACGGGAAUUGUUGUAUCUGCCUUUGGAUUUCCUAUCAUUCUUGCUCGAGUGGCCGUGAUCAAAUGGGGAGCCUGUGGCCUUGUGCUGGCAGGCAAUGCCGUCAUUUUCCUGACAAUUCAAGGUUUCUUCCUUAUUUUUGGGAGAGAAGAUGAUUUUAGCUGGGAUCAGUGGUAGAGCAUUAAUUUGACAAAAUGCUUUUUAUUUCUUAGAGUUCAUGCCAGAUGCACAUGUCUGUGCACCCGGGGCAUUUUUUUCUACGACAUUUAAUAUGCUGGUUGUUUUAUACCUCUAUAUCAUGCUCUAUUUAACGAGGACACCAGGAGAAAAAGAUUUUCCUCAUUCCCAGCUGGACUGUGUGCAAGUGGAAGUCUGUGAUUUACCAGGAUACCAGUUGCAGACGUGGGCAAAGAUGUCUGUGCACACCUGACUCAGCUCUUCCGGGCUCUACGCAGGGCCUCCCAAGUCUCCCCCGUUGCGGCUUGCAGUUCUGCAGAGACUUCCAAGGGACGCUUGUGGCCCAGAGAGACACAGGCAGCACCUUUCAUGGUGUGGAAUUUCCUGCUUGCCUUGUGUGGUUCACAGACCCAGAUCACCAACUUUGCACCCAGGAGCAACUGGGGAAUGCAGACUUGGAGGAUGAGACCUGGAGUGAGGGGCCUGCACCUCUGAACUGGUCAGAGGACAACCCGUGGGUUCCAUCAUUCCAGCCUCUUGCCCUUCCUACGGCUGAACUUCACUCUCAGCCUCUCAGGCCUUCCUUAAUUAAGGUGCUUUUGUAAAAGCUGCUUCUUCUCCCCACCUCCUUCACCCCUUCCUCUCUCUCUAAGAUGGACAGUCACACCCCUGGGUUCCUGCCACACUCCUUAGUUUCCGGCCACCAUCCCAUAAGCUUUAGCUACACACCCAUGGUACCAGCCACACAGCAUGGUUCCGGCCUACUCUAUAGGUUCUGGCCACA